AUGUAUUCCCCUAAAGUCGGCGAUAGUGUCGACACCCUUGACACACCGUCUAUGAUUGCAGAUCUCGAUCUCGUCGAGGCCAACAUCAAAAAGCUGAUGGAUAAGCUCUUGCCAACUGGCCUCGAUAUCCGCCCUCAUUUGAAAACGACCAAAAGCGCCAUCCUGGCGCAGAAGAUGGUCAAGGCGGGCGCGAAGGGAGGAUGCGUGGCCAAAGUGAGCGAGGCGGAGGUUAUUGCUGCGGCCGGAUUCGACGAUUUAUUCAUUACCUGUGAGGUCAUUGGGCCCGCGAAGGUCCAAAGGCUGGUGGAAUUGUACCGCAAACACCGGAAGAUCCGGAUAGUUGUUGACAGCGAAGCUGGUGCAGCUGCUAUCAACAACGCUUUAGCGUCUGCUGGUAUUGAGGAACCUAUCUCGGUCUUGAUUGAUCUUGAUGUUGGGCUGCAUCGCACUGGUGUCUUGCCCGGUGAGCCCGUGAUGACCUUAGCCACACAGGUGCAGGGUCUGAAGCAUUUAAAAUUGAUUGGCCUCCACGGAUAUGAGGGCCAUUUGCAGCAUUUGCAUGAUAAGGAAGAUCGCAAGAGUCAAUGCUUGCAUUCUAUGGAAAUCCUUACAAAUACCGCGGAUGUUUUGCGGAAGGCGGGCUUCAACAUUGAGGUCGUGACUACCGGUGGAACUGGAACAGCCGAGUUCUGCGCUACAGUACCGGGCGUCACUGAGCUCCAGCCCGGGUCGUUCAUCUUCAUGGAUACGGAUUAUCGGAAUGCGGUCGGCACAUUCUAUUCUAACAGUUUGACAAUCCUGUCAACUGUCCUGAGCAAACAAGGUCCCCGGUCGGUUACGAUCGAUAGCGGAUUGAAGUCUUUGACGACGGACAGCGGACUUGCGGAGUGCAAAGAUCCGAGAUAUACAUAUGGUGUUCUUGGUGACGAGCAUGGCUCGUUGAGUUGGGAGGAGGGCACGCCUGCGCUUUCCGUUGGUGAUCGCAUUGAGAUGGUGCCGAGUCACAUUGACCCCACGGUAAAUCUUCACGAUUUCUACUACGCCCAUCGUGGAGGUAUCAUCGAAGAGAUUUGGCCUGUUGACUCGAGGGGGAAGGUCCAAUAA